UCCACGUUGUGUUUUUCCAAUGCAAUGUCCGGUUUUGGAUCCGAAAUGGCGCCAGUUUUGUUUCUCUUUGUACUGCGCGUCUUCAAUAAGCUUUGAAUGCUAUAUGCGUAUUUCAACGGGUUUUCUUUGAUUUUUUAAAAACAAAAAUCUUUAUUGCUUUAGUUCAGGUGGCGGUUUAGAUGUGAAAAGUUAGCCUUGUGAUCGAUUAAAGAAAGAAACAUCAACUACUUACGCCGACUGCAGAGAGAGUGAGAGCGGAUCAGCCUCACUCAAAGGAAGUUUCUGAGAUGGAAGCAGCUCACAUCAGCCCAGAGCUUCCUAUUCGAUGGGUUGUUUCUGCAGACGGGACUGUUGAGAUCAAGGAGGAAGUGACUGAGCUGGGGUGUGACCAGGCCAAUGAGCGGAUCCUGCAGGAGGAAACGCCACCUUCUAGCAUCACUGAGAGAGAUCCCAAAGAGAGCCGUGCUGUCCCUGAAUCUGAAGCACAGGAGGGUCCAAGGAUAGAAGCAGUUUACACACAAGAGGAGUCCUUUGACCAGGAGUGGUGUGCAAGUCUAAAGCAGGUUACAGAGCUGACAUUUGUAAAAGAUGAAGAGUUCCCUCGACUGGAAUGUGUUCCUAUUAAAGAGGAAUUCAUAGAACAGGAAUGUGUCCCCAUCGCAGAGGAAGUUCCUACUGAAAAUAAUGUCUGUACACUUGAGGAGAACAACAAGCUGGGAUCCAGCCUGUGUGAUGAUUGUCCACCUGCACGUGAACUGGGAUUUAAAGCUGCUAAAGGGAAUCGCACAGGAGGGACUCUGUUUCCCUGUGCUGAUUGUGGGAAGCAUUUCAGUCAUUUAUCACAUCUUAAAAUCCACCAGCGCAGUCACACAGGAGAGAAACCGCAUCACUGCACUGAGUGUGGGAGGAGUUUCACGCAGUUACAAAAUCUUAAACAACACCAACGUAUUCACACAGGAGAGAAACCUUAUCAUUGCACUGAGUGUCGGAAGAGAUACAGUCGUUUAUCAAACCUUAAAAUCCACCAGCGUGUUCACAGAGGAGAGAAACCUUAUCACUGCAAUGAGUGUGGGAAUAGUUUCACGCGAUUAGAACGUCUUCAAUCACACCAGCGCAUUCACACAGGAGAGAAACCUUAUCACUGCUCUGAGUGUGGGAAGAGUUUCACGCGAUUAGGAAGUCUUCAAUCACACCAGCGCAUUCACACAGGAGAGAAACCUUAUCACUGUACUGUAUGUGGGAAGAGAUUCACACAGUUAGGAAAUCUUCAAUCACACCAGCGCACUCACACUGGAGAGAAACCUUAUCACUGUACUGAAUGUGGGAAGAGUUUCACAAAUUAUAGGUCCUUGAAAGUCCACCAACAGACUCAUAAGAAAGGAAUCUUAUCAAUGUAGUGAAUGUCUGAAGCAUUUCAGUCACUUAUAAUACAGCAUCAAAUUCACACAAGAGUGAAGUCCUAUCCCUACACUGAAGAGAAUUCACAGAAUUUCAGCCACUUGAGGACACCUAAACACCAGGAGUAAAUCUGCCAAAAAUAAAAAAAAAUUAUUGAAAACAAAAGAAUAAACUUGCUUGACAAAUACUCCUAAUCCCUUCAGAUCAAAAACUUACACUCAAGGAUGGAACAUAUGAACUACUGCAUCUUGUUUGGACCGUUCAUCAUCUUGUUGACCAUUAGGAUUUUGUUAGAUCACAUUAGUAAUCUAUGAAAUAGAUUGUAAUUGCAUCUACAAGAUUACACUUUCGUCUCCUGCAUUGCUGAGUCUCUCAGUUUGAACAUUAGGAUUAUUAUCUGUAACUCCCCACUAGUGACCAAGUCUCCAGAACUUUCGAGUCAGUUCUGAAUUUCAUAACUCAAACAAACAUGGUUUUGUUGUUGACAGGCUCUGACUGCAAUAUAAUCCCUCCCAAUAUACAGUUUCACAAUGGAAAUCAGAAAAGUGAUUUUUGUCAGUAACCUGAGAAUUAAUGCCAAAGGUGCACACCUUGAAAAUGCCCCCUUUUGGAAUUAUAAUUCAAAUAAUGAAAGUGUUUUAUUAUAGAUCACAUCUAGGGGGACAUACAAAGGGACACCAUCUUAAAAUAUAGAGUUCAACUCACUGAACAAACCAUCCCCAUAUUCUGCUUUACAAAAAAUCAUUUUAAAAAAAUUACUCCAAAAACUGAAAUAUUACCUUCAUAUGUUGUGUUUUCCUCCUAUGAAAUAAAUCCAAAAUAAACAGAAAAAAACUUCUUGAAAAACCUUGUGCACAUGAGUAUACCCUCCUUUUUAAACACAGGAAAGUCUGUGUUGCACUGUAGUUGUUCUCAGGAUGUGUUGCCUGAUCCUUUCAUGCAUUUGUUUUAAAAUGCUGCAAGAGAAACUCUAAAUAACCAGAUUAAUAAAUAUAACAAGGAGCUGAAUUUAGUGUGCUGGAGAUGUUGUUGAAAUAUUUUAGAUUUAAAUAAAUGUUGAUUGUGUAAGCUUAGAAUUAAAAGUUUAUUGGUUCUAAUUGACAUGAAUUCAGCAGAUGCCCUGGAAUGUAUCACAGGUCAUAACAUUGGGUCUUGUGUGUAAAAGGAGGUAGAUAGAUGUGUUUGAAUUAUAUGACACUUGGCUUGUAAGGUAUAGACUUGAGAGAUGGGCAAUGCAUUAUUGGCUGAUUGCUAGGAGAUAGUAAAGUAGAUAGUGAGGAGAUAUAGGGGAGCAGAGUGAAGCAAUUCAAAUGUGUUGCAACUGUUAUGUGCUAUCUGCAUUUAGACUUGAAAUGUGGUUGCAAAGUUGGCAUAUAUGUUGUGUAUGUUGCUAUGACUCUGUGCUCAGACAUACCAUCUUGCAGACGCCAAUACAUCUCUCAUGCCAGAGAAGCACUCAGAAACUAAACUUAUACUCUGAAUAAGAUCUACUCUGCAGCCACUGAAGAGACUAUUCUGUUCUCUGCUGUUUCCACAAUAAAGACUUUGAUAGUUUUGACAA